CGGGCUGAGAGAGAGAGAGUGUGUGAGUGAGAGGGUGUGUGUGUGUGUGUGUGCAGUGCAGGCGGUGGGGGGGACUAUCUAUCGGCGUUCAGUGUGAGCAGGGAAGCCCACAGGGCUGUUACGGGACGUCUCCUGCGGGGCUGAGGCUCAGAAAACCCCGACAGAACCCACAGAGCAGCGGCGGACUGACCGGGGGGCUGUGAAAAGCCCCUCGCUGCUUUUUCCUCUCCCAAUAACCCGCCACGUGCUCAUAGCGUGGCUUUAUCGAGCAGAAUGAAGAAGAGCGGCUGGGCUUCUCCUCUUCCUCCUCCUCCUCUUCCCACUCCUGCUGUUGCUCCUCUCAUGGAGGCUCAGUUACAGCCCUGAUCUUCCCCAGCCCUCGCUCCUCAGCAUCAGUAUCAGCAGCAGCAGCAGCACAACAAGCUAUGGAACAAGUAGGAAACUACUAGGUAAGGAGAUAUGGAGGGACUGGUCUGAGGUGGAUUCAUUGCAGCUUCUUCAUUGGACCUGUCUUUCACUGUUGGUCCUAUUUGACCAGUGCAACUUUCUUGACUAGUGUAAUUUUUGUUUUAUUGGCCGUGAUGGCUGAAAGAGCAAACUUCGGUGCUCAGAAGGUGUCCCGGCCGCAGGGCUCCCUUCCACCCGAACCCAUCGAUAUCAUCCGGACCAAGGCCCGCUCCAGGAGGGUCCGGAUCAAUGUGGGCGGGCUGGUCCACGAAGUGCUGUGGCGGACACUGGACCGCCUCCCGCGUACACGACUCGGCAAGCUCAGAGACUGCAACACCCACGACACCUUAAUGGAAAUCUGCGACGACUACAGUCUGAAUGACAACGAGUAUUUCUUCGACCGGCACCCGGGCGCCUUCUCCUCUAUCUUAAACUUUUACCGGACGGGCAAGCUGCACAUGAUGGAGGAGAUGUGUGCGCUGUCCUUUGGCCAGGAGCUUGACUACUGGGGCAUCGAUGAGAUCUACCUGGAGUCGUGCUGCCAGGCGCGCUACCACCAGAAGAAGGAGCAGAUGAACGAGGAGCUGAGGCGCGAGGCCGAGACGCUGCGGGAGAAAGAAGGAGAAGAGGUGGACACAGGCUGCUGCCCAGACAAGAGGCAGAAACUCUGGGAUCUGCUGGAGAAGCCCAGCUCAUCUGUAGCUGCUAAGGUCCUGGCCAUCAUAUCCAUCCUGUUCAUCAUUCUCUCUACCAUCGCCCUGUCACUCAAUACCUUACCUGAGUUACAAGUCAUUGACGAGUUUGGACAAUCCAAUGACAAUCCCAGUCUUGCUCAUGUAGAAGCAGUGUGCAUAGCAUGGUUCACGAUGGAGUACCUUCUGCGGUUUCUGUCCUCACCCAACAAGUGGAAGUUCUUCAAAGGCCCCCUGAAUGUUAUUGAUCUCUUGGCCAUCUUGCCAUACUAUGUCACAAUAUUCCUAACAGAGUCCAAUAAGAGCGUCCUCCAGUUCCAAAAUGUGCGCAGAGUGGUCCAGAUCUUCAGGAUCAUGAGAAUACUCAGGAUCCUCAAACUGGCCAGACACUCCACAGGCCUCCAGUCCCUGGGCUUCACGCUCAGAAGGAGCUACAAUGAGCUGGGCUUGCUGAUUUUGUUCCUAGCCAUGGGAAUCAUGAUCUUCUCCAGUUUGGUGUUCUUUGCCGAGAAGGACGAAGACGCCACAAAGUUCACCAGCAUUCCAGCAUCAUUCUGGUGGGCCACUAUUACAAUGACAACCGUAGGUUAUGGAGACAUCUAUCCACAAACCCUACUUGGUAAAAUAGUAGGUGGGCUCUGUUGUAUUGCUGGUGUGCUGGUGAUCGCAUUGCCCAUUCCCAUCAUUGUGAACAACUUCUCUGAGUUCUACAAAGAGCAGAAGAGGCAGGAGAAGGCCAUCAAGCGCAGGGAGGCUCUGGAGAGAGCCAAGAGGAAUGGCAGUAUCGUGUCAAUGAACAUGAAAGAUGCUUUCGUUCGAAACAUGGAGCUGAUGGAUGUUGUGAUAGAGAAGACCGAAGAGAAGCCCUCAGACAAUCACCUUUCUCCAAGCAGGUGGAAUUUUCAAAAGAGCGCAGAUUCUAUCGGCAAACCCUUCGACACAAAAUAUCAAGAAGUAGCGCUGUUAGGAUCUCCAGAACGAACGCUGAAGCCUGGAUCAAGCCCUCAACGACUGAACGCCAAGUCUCUGGAACAGAUGUACAACCAGAUGACGACUGCUCCGGCCGCUGCGAGCACCGGUGCUCUUAUUCAAAAAGGGGGCAGUAAAAUGGGCAGGGAAGAGAAGCUGGAGAUGAAAGUGGUCCAGUCAGAGCCACUGCUGAAGGAACGUCCUAUCACCGACAUUAGGAGCCUGUCGAGUAUUGACAGCUUCGCAAGCUGCACCACUGAUGUUAGCGAGGUUGAGAAAACCGCCUUGCUUCCCAAUGUGACCGGAAUGCAGUCAAGACAUCCUCGUGCGCCGCCUCCGCUUGAUCUCAGCCAGAUCUCUGCCCUUGAUACACGAGCAGCUGAAAGGGCAAGGCAGCCCACCAUCAUCAAGGAGGGUCUUUACGAGUUUGUCCAGUGCAAGCCAGACAGCAAUACCCUGUCUCAAGGGGAGGAGAACCAAAGCUUUGACAUGAGCAGCGAAAACAUCAAGAGCUCUCCAAGAGCAACCCCGAACAACCCCAUCAAAGCCAAGGGACUCAAGGUCAACCUAAGCGAGUCUGGAGAGGAAGGAUCCCCCAGUUUGCAUCUAGUCGUUACCGAAGACACAGCGACACUCACGCCGCAAUCCUGGCAAAGCCCAAAGUCUCCAGGGACAGUCUUUGAAGCAGAAGGAUCAAUGAGGUCCCCGGGAUCCAUCCCAUCCUCCAGCGAUAGCCAGAGAGGGAAGAAUCACGUCGAAAGGUCAGCAGCAGCAACUCCAGCUUCACCGAAACCUGCACUGAAUUGUUCCCCUGGCAUCACCGGUGCCAGCAGCACGGAGGGAACAGACGGCAGUCAAAGCGCACAGAAGGUAGUCAACCACCUACUCUCACCAGAUAUCCUCAAAUCUCCAGGGGAAGGAAACCUUUCACCACCAUGUGAAACUAGCAUGUGAUGCUAGAUGCUUUUGUAGAUUCAGGCGCAUUGACUUUGAACCGAUUACUCUGCACUGGAAGGCGCACAUUGACCAGUUCCAGUGUAGUAAAGAGGACAUUCUUUCAUUUGUGUGGCAGGACACAGUGUCAAGCGUGUCUUGAUGUCGCAUUGAUGGGACUGCAUUUCUGCAGAGGAAAGGAACCAGGAACUGGAAAGUCAGUUUCAGUUUAGACACAAUGUAAAAGGCCGGCAUGGUGCGCUGACCGGACAAACUGUUUUGAUCAGAAAAGAAGGACAGUAAUGAACUUCAUGCUUGAUCGUUUCUUUCUUUUUUUUGUUUUUGAAUAUGUUUAAUUUUUUUGAAUCAAUGAAUCAAUUAGGAAGUCUGUGUGAUCAGAGAGAAUGUGAUAAAGCAGACUUGUCUAUGGGAUUGCCAGUGAUAAAACUGACAAAUGAUUAGGUGUCCACCCAACAUAUCAAAUCAGAUGAUUCGAGCAGGCAUCCACAAGAGCAGACUUUCGGUUCCCUAGUACAUCCAUUUACUCAUCGUCAAAGUGCUGCCACUGUAUGCAAACAAACAAGUUCUUAGGACUUGAUAUUUGAGCACUGAAAUGCUCACAAAAUAUGCCUUUAUGAGUUUAUUUGGUGAAUUUGUGCUGCGUGCUAGGCCUCAGAGGCACAAUAUCCUGGGGUAAUAUACAGGAUUCACGUCACUGUAAUGAGCAAAUCCACUUUCACGUUCACAUAUAAUCACGUUUCCUUGUCAGUCAAAUCCCCCAAGGAACAUUAAAAGAGACCAAAAAGAAUAAAAACGAAAUAUUUCACAGUAUUCACAGUAAUCUAGUGUAGUAAUGUUAGCAUGUUAGCCUUCAUUGUGUUCAGCGUAUGUUUAACCUACUGAGUUGGAUUAGUUGGAAACACACAGUCCACAUACAAAUUACCAAUACAACAAUAUAUCAUUCAGCACAUUUCUAUCACUGUGGACACAAACAAAAGUCUGACAACCUUCUGUAAUCGUGAGGAUUGUUAAGAUCAUUCAUUGCUGUAAUUUGUGUUGCCUUUUUUAUUCAUAAACAUCUGGGAAAGAACGAGCUAAGCUAAUACUUAGGGAAGCAUCCGGUGUACGAGGCAGCAGCGCCCUCUGCUGGAACGAAGAGAAUGGCACUUUAUAUUUAUAUCUACACACAUACAUCAAACAGCAUGGGUUGGAGUGUGUGUUUUGUUGGUGAUGCAGUUUUGUCUGGUGUGCAAGAAGAAAGAAGACUGCUCUACCAUAGAGGAAAAAAGAAAAAAAGACUUAAUUCUGCUUCUCCAUAGGCAUCAAAGCAUCAAAGCUAAAUAUUUUUGGGGCUACACGAACUGCAAACACAUGACAUGCAACAGUCUGUCUGCAACAACUAGAAGAAUCGAGGAUUGAAGUUCCUGCAGGUGGAAAAAAGGUGAUUUUUCUAAAGAAACCUCAGGCAGGGUGUGAAGUCCUGCUUCGAGUAUUAAAUUAUGCGUGCCUUUUCAUAAAUAUUUAUGAGAAGGCGUUAAAGUAUUUGGCUUUGUUCCUAUCUGUACAGAAAAUUCUACUUUUAUAGAGUAAAAUAUGCAAGUACAAUUGAGUUCUCAGGUUUUGUAUUAUAACUUGAAAAGCACUAAUAUAUAAAUAUAUAUAUAUAUACGGCUUCCUUCCUUAUUAGACAGUGGUUUUAUUUUGCAACACGUAUGUCAUGUAUUCAUGUUGUAUCGACGUCAGGGAACGGGAACCAGUAGCUCAACUCAUAUCCCAUGACAACCCAACGGGAAUAGUCUUCAUAUGUACAAUACAAAGUUUUCUCCAAUGUUCUCCUUUCAUCAGCCACCAGAGGAGGAGGAAUCCUCCAGUAAUGGACGUAUUUAACCUGCACAACGUAGAGUACAGUUUACGUGACGAACUGUCAUUCCUGCAUUUACCCUCAUGCUGAUGUCUUUUUUUCUUUCCUGCACUUCAGUUGAUAGUCAUGUGGCAGUGGCAAGUAGUGAUUUCUAUUGUACAAUUAAGUUGAAAAUAGUAACUGGAUUGUUCCAAACACAGUAAACUACUGUAAAAGACCAAAUAAAUGUGUUUGUACAGGAGAAAUGUGCAG